UUUCUUCUUCAUCUUCCCCGCCGUCGCCCAAAUCCGACCUCCAUCCUCCCUUCAUCGCUCGUGCUCUCUCAAGAAUGCAAGUCCUCUCGAGAGCUCGCCGCCUUGCUCCGGCACUCAGACAACCACGGCUUCUCUUCUCCGGAACUCCUUCCGAAGCCUCGCAAUCUCCCAAGCGAUCCACCGAUGUUUUAUCAGUAGGUAUUCAUCAUAAUCGUGGUUUGCCGUGCUAUACAAUUCAAAGUGUUGCAAGUUCAUGGACAAUGAUGCAGAAGUCAUUUUACUCAUCGGAGACGACGACGAGUGUAAUUCCUGGAAAUUCAACUGACUCUGUGAAGGAAAUAUAUGAUAAGAUUUUUAAGUCUGUGGUGGAAAAAAGAACUAUGUCUCCGAAUGCUUGGCUGUGGUCACUCAUGGAAACUUGUGCCAACCGCGAUGAUAUCAAGCUUCUCUUUGACAUGUUACAACGGCUUCGAGUCUUUCGCCUGUCGAAUCUUAGAAUUCAUGAAAAUUUUAAUGAAAGUCUUUGCAGAGAAGUCACCAAGGCUUGUGUAAGAGUAGGGGCUAUUGACUAUGGCAAGAAGACCUUGUCAAAACAUAAUUUAUUUGGGAUAUCUCCUAGCAUUCCAUCUGCUCACCAUUUGUUGAUGUAUGCAAAACAAAAGGAUGAUGUCAAACUAAUGGAAGAUGUAAUGAAGCUUAUUAAGAGAAAUGAUUUGCCAUUGCAGCCUGGUACAGCAGAUAUUGUCUUUAGUAUUUGUUCCAACACGGAUAGCUGGGAACUAAUAUCUAAAUAUGCAAAGAGGUUUAUCAAGGGUGGGGUGAAGCUAAGAAGGACCUCAUUUGAUACAUGGAUGGACUUUGCAGCAAAACGAGGAGAUGUUGAUUCUCUGUGGAAAAUUGAUACCUUGAGGUCAGAGACCACAAAGCAACAUACUCUCGUGAGCGUGUUUUCUUGUUCCAAGGGUAUGCUACUUGAAAAUAAGCCGCAGGAAGCUGCUACUUUGAUUCAAAGUCUCAACCAGAUAUUACCAGAUUCCAAGAAGCCUGAUAUAAUGCUUGAACUUCAAAAGCUGGUUAACAAUUGGCCUUUGGAUGUUAUUAAGCGACAAGAAGACGACGAACACAGGAAGGCCUUGGCAGUUGCUUUACAAAACACCAUCACAACAAUGCUUAGUAGUCUAACAGGCAUGGGUGUAAAAGCUGAUGUAAAAAUGGAAGAUCUGACCCAGAAAGUAGCUAUUCUUGGUUAAGAGAACGGUUAUGGCCAAAUUCAAACAACAGCUCAAUCAUUUUUCAGUUAGGAAGCAGGCGAUCGACGUUAUACGCUUAAGGGUAGCGUUAACUUUUCUGAUUUAUGUAAUUUUAUAAAUGCUAGCUCUUUUCAAGAACAUAAAACCCAGUGCAGAUGGUUUUUGAUGCAUCAAAUGAAAAUGUUGUGUCUAAUGUUGAACAAACAAAAACAUUUCAGUUCAUUUGCUGAGUUAAACAAUGUUCAUGUCACGUAUUCGAGACUUUGUAUUAUU